AUGGCGGACUGCGCUCCACUAUUAGAUGAGGAACUCUCGUCCUUUGUCUUCAAUUACCUGACAGACAACUCCGGCAGCCAGUAUGGGGAGGAGGAGGUGUGUUCGGACCGCCUGGACACUGACUUCCCGGACAUCGACCUCUCCCAGCUGGACACCAGUGACUUCGACAGCGUCAACUGUCUCAGCGAGCUGCAGUGGUGCAACGACCAGGCCUCAGACGCGUCGCCAGCCUCCAUCCACUACAGCACGGCAGAUGAGCUCUUUGAGAUAGAAGAGGAGAAUGCGGCCCUGCUCGCCGCCCUCACCGACAGCUUGGAUGGCAUGGUGGACGCCGAGGUGGACGGGCUCUCCGUCUUCCCCGCCCUGGGGGAGGAGCCCGACCAGCAGGACGAGGACAGUCUUCCUCUCGGCGCUGAGGACUUCAGCCAGUCGCUGGGCUCCGAGACCGAGGAAUCUCUGCUGAUGAAGCUGCUGCGGACUCCUCCCAACGUGCCCUCUGGCACCGACGCACACAAAGAUGGAGUCCAUGGCCACCGCUACAGCAGCAGAAGCCUGCAGCCUCGGCCGGUCAGACCUCUGGUCAAGACUGACCUUCGUCCGGAGCGGAAGCCCCGGGCCGUGCGUCCAGCGGGACGCCUCUGCACCGAGCUCCACCGCCACCUCACCACCGCCAAGGACACAGAGGACGCGCCGGCCCCCGACACAGAGGAGGACGAAGAGGAGGACGAGGACAGUGAGUCGGAGGAGGAUGAAGAGGAGGAAGGGGAGGAGGAAGAGGAGGAGUCUUCCAGCAGCGAGGUGGAGGGCCCGGUGGUGGCGGCCUCCGUCCCAGCCGAGCCCCUGAAGCCCCAGUUCAGCUCAGAGAAGGAGCUGCGCUCGGUGGUGGAGCUGAUCACCUACAUGCACACCUACUGCCUGCCCACGCGCAAGCAGCAGGGCUGGGAGCGCAAGGACCAGCCCAGGUCCCGGGCCCGGCCCGAGGCCUCCCGCCCGGCCGCCACAAACUCUGUCAGCAGAGUUGUCUUGGUGUCCGCUCCGGGGACGAGUGGGGGUUUGGCUGGGACGGGCAGCGGCGCCCCCAGGAGGCUCCCCUUUGCGAGGAAGAGGGAGAUGAAGGCGAACUCCCUUCUCCGUGAGCUCCUGCAGCAGAGCAGCUCUUACGAUGUGAGCAAGCCUUACAGACUGCACAGCCCCCCCUACUCCCACUGCCCGAUCCGACCCGCUCCCUUUGCCCCGGCUAAAUCACACCCUGCCCCGUCCCAGAUCUACACUGCCCCGAAAUCAGAGCUACGUAAAGACUACUCGUCCCCCGAGAGGAGACACCGCUCGUGCGAGGCGCCUCAAACACCGGAGGAGGAGGACAGCGGCUCCUUCUCGGUGCGGCGCUCCCGGCGCCUGGCCUCUUUCCCCAGCCGCUUCGCCAAGAGGCUGCGGCCAGGACGAGCGCGGGAGGGAGAGGGGAGGGACAGGCAGGACAGGGAGGAGGAAGGAGCAGGGUUCAAACUCCUUCCGACCCAAGCAGGAGGUGGAACCACGACUGAGGCCCGGCCAGAACCGCUCACGUCCGGCGUUGGUGCGAUGGAACAGACCAAUGCCUGUUGCCACAACGAAAAGCGAGCCUGUCUCUGUCUGCCUCUGAAUCCCAAAUCCACAGGAGAGUCCCAGUUCAGCACCAAGCCUUUUGAGCAGACGCUCAGUGUGGAUCUGUGUGGAACGGCAGGUCUCACCCCUCCCACCACCCCGCCUCACAAACCAGUGGAGGACGAGCUCUUCAAGCCGGCAGAGGGAGGAAAGGUCAGCGCGGGGUCGGGCGGCGGCAGCAGCGACGACGGCGGCGGCGGCGGCGGCGGUGACUCUGUUCAUCCGGCAUCGAACGCAAACGUUGCCACGAAGGGCUCGUCCUGGCUGAGCCGCGCCCACCACCAGAGGAAGCUUCCGGAGCAGAAGGAGCUGUACGCCCAGCUGCGGCGCAUGGGCCAAGCGGGCGAAAGCGACACCCAGCGCGACUUCGGUGACCACGACUACUGCGCGCUGAGCCUCGGGGAGAGCCGCAAGCGCAGCGCCGCCAUGCUGGGCACCAUGCUGCAGGCACAGGCCGGGGGGGAUGCACCCAGAGCAGCUGACGAUCAGGUGGCGGGUGGGAAGGAGAAGGGGGAGGGGCCGGUGAUGUCACAGGACGCAGAGCCGAAGGAGCAGCGGGCGACCUUGAUGAUAUCGUCCUCGCCGCCGCCCGAGUCCAAGUCGGCGUCUCGCUCAUCGUCGCCCAUCCCAGCGUGUCCGGACUCCCCCGCCAGCAAGACAGACUCCAGUGAGAACUCCGAGAUCUGUCCCGACGACAAGCAGAGGAGCAAAGCCAAGUCUGACGAGGACAACUGCCAGGUGUUCUACAUCCACAACCUGCCGAGCAGCGUGACCCAGAACAUGCUGAGGAAACGCUUCCAGGUGUUCGGCAAACCGGAGGACUGCAAGGUCAUCAUCUGCAACGAGGAGCGCUGUGGGGUGAUAAAGAUUCGCCAAGGAGGAGGUCAAAGACACUGGAGAGAACAGGAAACACUUUUCCAAAACGGACCUGCGGGCCUGAGGAGGCUGUCGAGGAAACGCUACAUAGACCUUGAUGAGGCCGGUCCGGGUCCCGUCAAGAGCAAGUACGAUGCACUGGACUUUGACACUCUGCUGAAGGAAGCCCAGAAGUCGCUCCACCGCUGACAGCACAGCGCCCUUGACUGGCCAGCCUUAGUGAAGCGCAGCAACAUCCCUGCGACUUCACUGCUCCGCCCUCAGAAAGGCCUCUGGGUACCUCCAUGCAAGGCAACCUCGCAAAAUGUUUACAUUUUUACCAUUGGAAUAAAGUAAGGACCUUGUUGUUUUUUUAAGUUUCUUUCACCGGAGGAUACUGCUUAGAAACGAGGAAGCCACCGGGAGUCCGGACGGGCGAAGAGACAAAUGGAGGGAAUAAGACUUUUAUCAGCACUGGUACAACAACCACAAACAGAAACGAUACAGUUGUCUGCUGAACAACAACAACAAAGCUGCUUCCUGUCUGUGUUGGUGACAUCAUCGCCCUGCCUUGGAAGCGCGGGUGUGAGAGACCUCUGUAGCAAAUCCUUGCUAACCCUGCAUUGCGUUGGUCGUCGUGGUGUGUGUGUGUGUGUGUUUCCGCGUGUGUGCGUGUUCUUUGUUCAGUUUGUUUUGUAAAAAAAAAGAAAGUUAAAAAACUCCCGUUUUCCAACCGGGGGGGAGGGGAGGGGUGAAUCCGCCGCGUUCACCGUGAAGUCUAACAAAAAAAAUUGACCCUGCUUUGUUUUAGCGAAAAAAUGUGGAUGUUAUAAAUUUUAAAGAUCUAUUGUGUGUGUGUUAUUGACAAAGAAUAUAACAAAAGAACAUUUAACGUAAUCAUAAUGAUGACUGAUAAAAAGUUUACAAAUCUAAAAUGAAGAAGAAAAAAAUCACCUUUUUUUCUUUUCUGUAAUUGUAGUGCUUCCUUGAUUUGAUCUAUGCACUGUACGGGGGGGAACUGUCUCCGCUGGCAUCCACUUCCCCUGGGAAUCGAACCUCUGACUCUGACAUCUGAAUAGAUACGGGCUUAUACUACUGGCUGCUGCAGGCUCUGUGUGAUGGGCGCUUCGGUUAUUAAGACCCUGACUGGGAUUGUGGGGGGGGGAAUUUACCUUGUGAGUGAUUCCGGCCAACUCAAACAAAACUGUUGCUUGGAAAGUUCUUACUUUGAAUGUGUCACACGGUGUGAUUUGUUAAAAUAGGCAAAUUUGACAUCGUAAACUAUCAUUAAGUGUAGUUAUUUAAAAAAAAAAAAAAAAAAGAAGCUUAUUAGAGACAAUUUUCGGGCUACUGCAAGAAAUUGUAGUUUUUAGGCGAGUUAACAAUUCAGGGUUAGGUUUGGAGUCAGUUGGGAUAGAAUCAGGUUGAUUUAAUGGAUUACGUCAGUAAUUUCCUUGAACCGUUGGCAUUUUCUUGUUUUGGUCCAGUAACGGUCACACAUCCAUCCUAGACGUUAAAUCGUUGUUGUCACCGUUACUCGAAAACUCGAUUGCUUUGAAAACACAAAAAAAAUCUCCAGAGAAAAUGUGACAAAACUAUAUUUUGUGCUACAGCGGCCGACACCGGGUAAAUUUCUUCCCCAACUCUCGACGGGUCUUGAUGCAUCCUAAUGACCCCCCCCCCCCCCCCCCCCAACGCCACAGCCAAUGCAACAGUUACUGUUUACAAUUGGACUGCAGCAAGCGGAACGACAAUGGGGGAAACAGGGAUGGUAGCCAUCUGCGCUUUUGUACCACACCCGAUAUGAAUUCAUCACAACCGCACUUUGACCAGAACCAGUCCGGUUUUCCAUCACAUAGGAAACCAUCAGUCGUUACAGGACCUGUGAAUAGAUGUUCUAUUUGGAUUGUCCGGGAUUCCCUCGUUUCUCUGCGACGUUGGCUCUUGUAAUGACAUUUCAAACACUACAGACCAAUUUGCUGCAUUUAAUCCAAAUGGAAUGUAUUUAACAAUCUGAAUGUAAUCAUCGCGUUUUCCCCAUUUCUGCUUGCCCAAAGAUUGUGGAGCUGUUUGGUGCUUUUCAAAAAGGGUUAGCCGCGCUCGCUCGUCCGGUCGACCGCAUGCGACCCGAUUCCAGUGGGAAGCGCAGUCUGGGUUCAGCGCCUACUUCACAGUCCUCGUGCAGCCAGUAGCAGCCAUCGUCCAAAAGCGAGAUGAAGCCUCCGAACCGGCCAAUCCGGUGACAGCGAACCGUCACAUCCGCAACACAGCCAGGGAACUAGUGAGGUGCGGGCUAGAAAGUAACAAAAAGAGCAAUCGGACAAGAAUGCGAUGUCUCGUCCGGGAGGUACUGUAUCAGCUGAGCAUCUCUACCUCACAUCCAUCCAUCCCUGUCUUCGUAUUUCUAGAUGCUCCUCCUCCUCCUCCUCCUCCUCCUCUUUUUAUAGGUCUGUCCCUCUCUGUUUUACGUCCGGUGUGUUCUCUGUGUGAGGUUUUCUCCGACGAUGGGCGGUUAUAGGUAGUGUGGGGGUUUGUGUUUGGGGUUAUUUUUAUAUAUACUUUACGACUCCCUCUACCACUGAAGUCCGUUGUAAGAGGAAUAAUCUCUUGUCUUUCUACUCUACUCUAUCCUUCGCUUGCCUCAUAACGGUUUUAAGCGUGUCCGUUUCUUGGAGUCUCAAUAGUGUGUCUUUGUGAGUGUUGUCUUUGUCUCGUGUGUUGAGUCGGACACUGCUGACGCUUGCGGGUUGGUGAGGAAGGGUCGGGAGGGGUUGAACGGUGGCGCUCGGCGGUUGGUCGUGCACCAUCCAUCCCGACUUCCCCCAUUCCUUCUCUACUCGGCUGAGGAUUUCAAUAAAACUCAGCCCCGACUCUUCCUCCGUCUCUAUCUCUAACUCUGUCGCUUUCUGUCCCCGUGGGUUCAACUCCUCGCUUCGAGGUCGACUCCAAACCCUGGUGAACUCCUCCUUUUUAACAAAUAACCGUUCUCUCCUCCCCCCCGUCCUCUUACCUUGUUCUUUCUCUAUCUAAUCAACUCCUCGGUAACACACACAAAAAAUUGAAUGUUUACAUCACUCGAUUCUCCUUUGACUUUAUUAGGAACGCACACUAAGUACAAAGGCGCCUUAUUCAGUGUUUUUAAAAGAUAUAUAUAUAGAUAUAUAUAUAACAGCAAGUGAAGUGGCCUAGAAGGAUGGACCCUCUCCAGGCUCACCGAUGUCCAAAACUAAAAACAACAAUUUAGUGCUAUACAUACUGAUUAAGAAACAAGGUUCUAGAAAACAAAAAAAGAGGAAAAGAAAUAUUUAAUUCUAACAAAACUAAUCGCAAACAACUGAAUGAGUAUUUUGUGCUUAGUAUGUAUACUACUAAAAAGUGAGAGAAUGUGCUGGUUUACAUGUUAAAAAAAAUAUAUUAUGAAUAUAUAAUGUGUAUAUAGCACUCUGCCUCAUUGUAAACAUGAAAUAUAUUGUGUGUUUUUUUGUUUUAAAGGUGGCGGGUCACAGUUUAUUGCUAAUCAGUCGGGAGGCGGUCGGGUCGCUGAGUUUAUGUUGCAGGGAGAAAAGAAGGGAAAAAUAAAUUUGCAUUGACUUCACCCAAAGUCCGACACUGUUGUAAAACGAAAGACAAAAAAAUACCAGGAUCCCUUUAGACUAUCACACUAGAAGGUUCUGUUUCUUUGCUGUUAUGAACUGACGGAAUAUUUUUUGAUUUUUUUCUUUUUUUUUCUGUUUUGUUGUUUUUAAAAAAAAGAAGCAAUUUGAGAUGCAAUACAUAAUAAUCUUAUCUUUAAGACAGCCUUUCUGAAACACUGAGGUAAUAAUGUACAGUGUGUGGUCGGCUGUUGAGCCACGACACAGGCAACCGUUUAGCUGCAGAUUCAGUAGGUUACUGUGCUGUAUGUUGACUGCUGUGAAACUAGAAAAUCAUGAAAACAAAUCGCAGGAAGAAUGUCGUCGGUUGUCUCGUAAACACGUAACACGUAUACAAAACAAGCCGCAGUAAUAUUACUCUCGCACAAAUAAUGUCCCCAGUAGUAAAACAUUGCCACAAUAUUUUCUUCGUAUUGAAAGGAAGCUGUUGUAACUAUGUUAUUACCAUGCUUUGAUGGUGCACAGGUUUGUUAGAAUCUGAGUUGCAUUGGACACUUGUAUUACAGUUAAUAAUUAUACAUGUAUAAUAACUCUGGUGGAGGAAUGUGGGAGGGAAGGAAAAAAAGAAAGCUGUCGCUGGUUUGACCCCGUUUUUUAAAUGGGUUGAUGCAGACAAGGUCGACGCUGUAGAAAUCCCAAUUUCACUGCCGAACUUUUACCGCAUCGCAAAACAAAAGAAGCAUUUGGUAGAAACACAGAUCACAGAAUCUAUAAUGGUCCAGUUCGCAGAUAGGGACACUAAAGAAGAACAGAUGCAAGGUGAAGCAGAUGAAACCAGACAAUUGACUUUGAAACUACGAUAGUACUCAGUAGAGAGCUUACUUCCACCAAAGCCCUUUCAAGAUCCCAAUUAUUGCAAUGUAGAAGAAUUUAAAAAAGAAAAACCCUUCCACCAAGUUACAUGGAUUUGUGAUCAGUAGAUUUCACGUAAUCCUUCUUCCAAAUGACAACAAACUAACCAACAGGGACAGAAACGCAAUCUUAGAGAAAGUUAAAAGGUUUGAACAAGAGGGAAAAAUUGAUGUUUAACUGUGUUUCUCAUUGAAGACCAAAAAUACGUUACAUUAAAAUACUGUUUACGAACCUUUUCACGUUACGACAGUUUCAUGUUGCAAAGCUAGUUUCCGUUGAACCUGUUGCGUCGUAGGAGAAACGUAAAGUGUCUUCAUCUAAUCCAAAAGUCAGACGUCCGUGUACGUGAGGAAACCUUGAGCCAUGAGCACGUUCUGGGAUUUCUACAGCGGCCGCCCGCCGCUGAGCCUGUGACGAGUUGUUAGAGGUGAACAUCCAAACGACUCCAUUUCUCAUCAUGGCGAGCCUUAAAUAUCAAUCGGGGGGGAAACUAAGCUACCACUAGCUUGUACUAUUUCUGUUUCAACUCCUUUCCAAUCCAAUGUGGUUAAUUAUUAAAUAAUUACUGACGUAAUUACAACUUUUUUCAAUAGCCAUAUUAUAAAAAGAUAUAUACAUAUAUAUGAAUAUAUAUAUAUUUGUGUGUUUGUGUAGAUAUCUAGAAGAUUAUAUACUUUCUUAUAGAAAACUUUGAUGUUGACCAUUCUCCUCAGUGUUUUGAGAACACGUUGACACAUUUCAACAUAAUAUCGCUGGGUCUCGGUCACAGGGCGACGGGCAACGAAUCCAAAUAGAAAAAUAAAAACCUUAUAAAAAAAACAACCUUCCGAAGGGAAUUCCCCUCAUCAGAAUGCAAUACCUUUCUUUCCAACAUUCAUUUGAGAAAAAUGGCAAGAAAAACCAUCAAAACUUGACAGGCAAGUUGACCAAAAAAAAAGUAGAGAACACUUCAAGGAUAAAGUUUUUGGCGGCUCGUGGGAUACGGGAUGUUUUCCGCAGCCGUGUCAGCUUCAGUUUUAUACACGUCAUGUGUCCGGCCCCAUGGCCCCACUUCCUUGUUUUUUACGUCACUUAACGUUUCUUUGCGUUCAGGAAAACAAUGUAUCUGUCGAGCUACGCCAUCGAACCGGCCCCAGCCAGGACAGGAGCGCUUGCAAUACCGGCUCGAGUUCGGCCUUGUGUGUGAUCUGCAAGUGGUUGUGUCACGUUUCAGCAUCAACAGUUCAUUAAAGGUUAAUCUGUGAAAACUUGACGGCAACAGUGAUGUCAAAUAGAUACUUAUAGUCGGGACUGUCAAAAUCUGCUAAAUGUGAGUGGGUGUUUUUUUUUGGGUGGAAGAAAAUACUUUGACAAAAGGGCAUACAUUGUUUUUGUUAUUACUAUUGAUUUCAUUGUCUAUUUACAUCUAAUGACUAUCAAAUUCACAAAUGAUUUUUUUUAACUUAGUUUUUGGUAAAAAACAAAAAGGUAAAUACUGCUAGUGAGAUUUUAUAUUUUUACAUAUGUUGGUUUUAUUUUGCGUUUCUUCUUUUUUUAUUUAUACGCCACUUAGUUUGGAUAUCUUUAAAUGGUGUUUUUGUUUUUUUCUUUUCUUCAUUUUGUGUGAUUUCAUGUGUCUUGAGAAUGUGGAGACAAAGGCAUUUCAGUAUUUUUGAAUUGUUAAAAUCUAGUUUCAUAGAAGCGGAAGUAUCUGAUGUUAUAAAUUAUAUUUUAAUUCAUGUAAAUAGUUUAAAACAGAAGACUUUGGCUUCCUUUUAAACUGAAUACAUUUCUCUUCAGAGAUUGUUUACAUUAUGAAACUGUAGAGAUGUGCUCCUCAUAUACUGUAAAAAGUACAUAUAUUCAUUGAUUUGCCUCCAAAAAAUAAAAUCCUAAUGAACAG